UUCAAACAAAUAUUUAACAAAAUCUAACAAAAUCUCAACUAAAAGCAAACAAACAAAAACUCGGCAUUGUAACAUUUCUACUAGCAGACAACAUAACCUGUAAGAGAUUAUACUACUGCCUCAUGGCCUCAUCAACCUUAUCGAUCUCUUCCUCGUCGACCCUCAUUGAUGCGAAGGCUCCACGCCAAUCGGCUGCUGCAUCGCCGCAAUGUGUCACUCUCCCUACCCUCCCUCCGCCUUCUGUCCAGUCUCAGAGUCGGUCAUGGAAAUCCGCUGCUUACUGUCGGAAGAUGGCGCGCAAUGUUAUGGCAAUGGCUACAGGAGAGGCUCCUGCAGAAGUUUCCACUGUUGAAACUCCAGAAAUUCUCAAGACAGUUCAAGAAGCUUGGGAUAAGGUUGAAGAUAAGUAUGCUGUGAGUUCCCUUGCAGUGGCUGGUUUUGUUGCUGUUUUGGGCUCCGCCGGGAUGAUCUCGGCAAUCGACAAGCUUCCUCUGAUUCCUGGAGUUCUUGAGCUUGUUGGCAUUGGUUACACUGGAUGGUUUGCAUACAAGAAUCUUGUUUUCAAACCUGACAGGGAAGCUUUGUUAGAGAAAGUAAAAGGAACAUACAAGGAAAUUAUCGGAAGCAGUAGCUAAAAUUCAAGUUCUGAAGCAAAACGUUUCGCAGCAUUGUUGUCAAGGAUCUAAACAUGCUUCAUUUUGUCUGAAUAAUUAAGCUUCUGACCAGAGUAAAUCCAUGCUAUGUACAUUUAUUUAUCUAUAAAUACUUCUUUACCUCUUCUUUUUAA